UAGUAGGCCGUACCACACUGUGUCACUACCAACCCAUCUCCCUUCAUCUCCAUCAUACUUCUCAUUCUGCCAACCAAUUGAAGAAUCUAAGGGGUUAAAAAGUUGGUGGAUCAAUCCAUGGCUAGAGAACAGCUCGGAGUGCUCACGGCACUGGAUGUCGCAAAGACUCAGUUGUACCAUUUCACGGCAAUCGUAAUUGCCGGAAUGGGCUUUUUCACCGACGCAUAUGAUCUUUUCUGCAUAUCUUUAGUGACCAAAUUGCUUGGUCGCAUAUAUUACACUGACUACACUAAGGAAAAACCAGGCAGCUUACCUCCGAAUGUAGCAGCCGCCGUCAACGGCGUGGCACUGUGCGGUACUUUAGCAGGGCAACUAUUCUUCGGUUGGCUCGGUGACAAAAUGGGUCGGAAGAAAGUGUACGGACUCACUCUAAUUCUCAUGGUGGUUUGCUCACUUGCUUCGGGACUUUCUUUCAGCGAUAAACCGGACGCUGUCAUCGCUACGCUUUGUUUCUUCCGGUUCUGGCUGGGAUUUGGUAUCGGCGGUGAUUAUCCUCUAUCUGCAACUAUCAUGUCUGAAUAUGCCAACAAGAAAACCCGCGGAGCUUUUAUUGCCGCAGUUUUUGCCAUGCAAGGAUUCGGUAUUUUGGGCGGCGGAAUUGUUGCUCUUAUCGUUUCAACGGCGUUUGAUCACCGAUUCCCUGCACCUUCAUAUGCAGUUGAUAGACACUUAUCACUUAUCCCUCAAGCUGACUAUAUUUGGCGCAUCAUCUUGAUGUUCGGUGCAAUUCCUGCUGCUGUAACUUUCUACUGGCGGAUGAAGAUGCCGGAAACUGCUCGUUACACCGCCUUAGUCGCCAAGAACGCGAAACAAGCCGCGGCUGAUAUGUCUAAGGUGCUAAAUUGUGAUCUUGAAGCAGAGGAAGAAAAAGUUAAUAAAAUGGUUACGGAGCCAGCCAAUUCAUUCGGUUUGUUUACUAAAGAAUUCGCCAAACGCCAUGGUUUUCACUUGGUGGGAACUACAACUACUUGGUUCUUACUGGAUAUUGCAUUUUACAGCCAAAAUCUAUUUCAGAAAGAUAUUUUCUCAGCAAUCAACUGGAUUCCUAAGGCUCAAGAAAUGAACGCUGUUCAUGAGGUUUUCAUGAUUUCUAGGGCUCAGACACUUAUUGCUCUCUGCAGUACCGUACCUGGAUACUGGUUUACAGUGUUCUUGAUUGAUUACAUGGGAAGAUUCGUAAUUCAAUUGAUGGGUUUCUUCUUCAUGACGGUCUUCAUGUUCGCGCUCGCUAUACCUUACCAUCAUUGGACUUUAAAGCCCAACAGAAUUGGUUUUGUUAUCAUCUACUCACUGACAUUUUUCUUUGCCAAUUUCGGACCUAAUGCGACUACAUUCGUUGUGCCAGCGGAAAUUUUUCCGGCUAGGUUACGAUCAACUUGUCACGGUAUAUCUGCAGCAGCAGGAAAAGCCGGCGCUAUAAUUGGUGCAUUUGGAUUCUUAUAUGCAGCACAAAGCCAAGACCCGAACAAGACUGACGCAGGUUAUCCUCCGGGCAUUGGUGUCAAGAAUUCUUUGAUUGCACUCGGCGUUAUUAACUUCCUCGGCAUGGUGUUUACUCUAUUGGUGCCGGAGUCAAAGGGUAAAUCGCUCGAAGAGUUGACCGGUGAGAAUGACGAAAAUGGAGAAGAAAUGAAGAAUACUGCUGCUGCUGCUGCUGAUUCUGCUAGGACUGUUCCUGUGUGAUUGUUCCUUUGCUAAUCCAAAACCUUUCGCCAGCAGGGUUCAUGAUCAAUUUAUUGUGGGUUUUUGCUUAUGUGCAUUUUAUGAUGUUGAUAUAUUGUUUUACUUGUGUUUGAAUUUUGUUUUCUUGUUUUAAAGAUCUUAUUUAUAUAAUAUGUAUUCUCUGUAUUUUCCAUUUGUUGCAAGGAUCAAUCCUAUAAAUUAAUUUGAAAUGAUUUCUUUUGGAA